AAAGUCAGCAACAGAAGCUGGUCCAAAGCCCAUGCCCCCCUUCUCCAAAACGAGCAAGGCAAACGGCGGCGAGGCCACGAGCCAACGCGCAACGCCGACGAGGAAACUGGAGUUCGAGGGCUGACGCACGCCAAACCCCCACCCCACUCCAGCGCGCCGCCGCAUUCUCAUCCCACGAAACCAUCCGCGUUCCUCGUUACCAAAUCCGGGGGCCGCUUUCUCGUUUGCGUUACUUCUCCAAUCGAUCUCCAUCCUAUCUCAGCCAAAACCACGCGCGUUCUCGAUUGCAUACCACUCCUUCCACCAUCAGCCCUCAAAAACCCUAGCCGCCCCCUCCCCCUCGAUCUAAUGCUCUGACCUCCCCGCCUCCCCGCGUUGCCAUGGACGACCCUGGGGCCGUCCCCUCGUCCUCUUCCUCCGCCGCCGCCGCAGCUGCCGCCACCACCCCUAGGGUUCCGGCUGCCGCGCCCCCCGCCGCCGUGGCCCCGCCCCCUCUCGCGCCGCAGCAGGUGCCUGCUGCUGCUGUUGCGGCAGCGGGGGCGGCUCCCCAAGCCGCGGCGGUGCCCCGCAGGCAGAUUUUCUCCGUGGAGCUGAAGCCUGGGGAGACCACCAUCGUGUCCUGGAAGAAGCUGCUCAAGGAGUCUGGACAGGCAGGCACAUCGCAGCCGCCGCCAGCAGCGGCAGCGGCAGAGCCUGCGGUCGCUGCGCAACUGGGCCUGCCCGGUGCGGCACACCCUGCAGAAAAUGACCCAGAGGAUCCAACACAGCCAAAUCGGUUUAAUGCAGUUAUUGAGAAAAUCGAGCGCCUAUACAUGGGUAAACAUAGCAGCGAUGAAGAAGAUCUUGAUGAUGUACCAGAUGAUGACCAAUAUGCCACUGAUGAUUCUUUUAUUGAUGAUGCUGAAUUGGAUGAGUAUUUCGAAGUUGAUAAUUUGACUACCAAGCACAAUGGAUAUUUUAUUAACAAAGGGUCAUUGGAACUGAUUGAAACUAGUACAACGGCUAAUGUUUCCACAAAGAAAAGAAGAAGAAAAGACUCCUCAGGUGCUCAUAUUGAAAAUAAUAAGGGUGCUGUGGGUGAUAAUGUGAGCAUGAGCAACAUGCCUGGGAAAUCCUCAGCAAGAGGUGCUGCUCAUGAAGGGAAUAAAUUAGCUACUAGCAACUUAGGUUCGAAUGGUGAAUAUUACCAUGAAGGCAAGAAGACUAAAACCAGUGCAACUGGAGUCCCCAAAAGGAGAUCGUCUGAUUUUGCCACAGGUUUUGAUUCUGCAGCACACACAAUGGCAUCCAGUAAGGAUGUGUCAAAUUCUCCUUCAGAGCUAAAACACUUUGAAAAGCAUAAAACUGCAGCAUUUCCGCCUACUGAUUUUGGUAAUAAGUCGAGAGCCAGUGAGACGUAUGACUAUGCUUCAGCAUACAGGGAUAAAGAUCCUUCAGUGCAACUUGAUUUCCAACAAAAGAAGACUUGUAUUGGGGAAAACCAAGAUCUGACCAAUAAAAUGUAUCAUAAAGAGAAACAUGGAAUGAAUGACUUUUCUGGCAUGGCUGGGUCUGCUGCUGUCUAUCCUACACAAACAAUGCACCCAAUCACUGCUAGUGCUAGGGGGAGUGCAGGUACCAAACCUAAAGGCACCAGGCUUGAGCGAGCCAUUCGGGAUCUCCAAAAGAUUGUUGCUGAAAUUGAAUAUAGACCAGCUAUUGAUGUUAAUGAGGCUGACCCAAAUGGCCAGGCAUCAGUUAAACGACGAUUGCCUCAAGAAGUAAAGCAAAAACUUGCCAAGGUCGCAAGGCUAUCGGCAAACCAUGGAAAGGUCCAAGAGCACGAGUUGAUGGAUCGCCUCAUGGGCAUAGUUGGACACCUUGUGCAGCGUAGGACACUGAAGAGAAACAUGAAAGAAAUGGUAGAAUUAGGACUCUCUGCUAAACAAGAGAAGGCUGAUAGGUUCCAGCGUGUAAAAAUGGAAAUCAAUGAAAUGGUCCAAACACGUGUGGCUGCCAAGGCAAAGGCCAAUGAACAACAGGAUGGUUCAGCCGAUGAUUUUCAGAUCAUGAAUGAUGAACAAAGAGCUUCAAAAGGAAAGUUUGUAAUGGAUACUGCACUGGAGGACAGGAUAUGCGAUUUGUAUGAUCUGUACGUUGAGGGUAUGGAUGAAGACAAGGGUCCUCAAAGCAGGAAACUAUAUGUAGAGCUUGCAGAGUUAUGGCCACAAGGUUGCAUGGAUAAUGUUGGAAUCAAAGAUGCCAUAACUAGAUCGAAGGAGCGAAAGAGAGCAUUAUACAACCAGCAGAAGGUCAAGAAUGUCCGGGACGAGGAAAGACUGAAGAGGAAAAGGCUAGCUGAGGCAGCAAAACUGCCAGAUGGUUACCCUGUUGCAAUGCAGAGCGCAGUGGCCCAGCAAGCCGGACAACCAUCCAUUAUAAACCCUGUUAGUUCAUACCGUGUGACUGACUAUGGACAGAACCAGGCAUCAAAAUGUCUUGAAAGGGUUCGUGAUACAAGCACAAGUGAUGGCAACAACAAAACUGCUGGCGAGGUGAAGAAGAAGAAAAGAAAGCCAGAAUCUGAUCUUCUUGAUGCACAAGCUAACCAACGGAUGAUUCCCUGGCAUCAUGGUACUGAGAAGCAAAAGCCUCCUAGGCAUGUAGAUGAGGCAAAUACUAGUAAUACCCUGUCCACCGUGCUUUGCCUCCCGAGCUAUGAUCAACAACCAAGCUGAUUAUUUUUGGUAUAACAUUGAACUCAUUUAUUUCCUCUUAUAGGCUCAUGUGGGAUGGUUUAACAAAUAUCCUUGUUGAGAGUGUUCCAUUGCUAAUUUGUAAAUCUCCAUAUGGUGUACAUGGCUCUUUUCAUCCCUUUA